CAAGAACGUCAAGGUGGACUUAAGUGGACUCGGCUUAGCUGACCCGAAUGCCCAUCAACCAUAUCCAUACCCAUACCCAAUGCAGCUGGAGCUCUGGUGCCGUCUCUACAAAGUCGGAUAAAAAAAUUCCAGAUCCUUCUGGAACCUUAUAACGAGCUGGCUAUUAUUUUUCUUUUUAGAUUCGACCCGUUACACAAUAACCCCCGAUAUCCCCUCUGUUUCACAUUUCGAUUUCGUUAUACCUAAAUCUCCGUCGAACUUUGCUCCGUUUCGAUCUCAAUCUCCGGCGAAUUCCUCUUUCUUUUGAUGAUCUUGAAGCUUUGGAUGCGGUUUAGCUUAGCCUGAUGUGUGGAAUUAUUGAGGGUUGGAACUUUGAUUCUACUUUUGGAUUCGAGUUACUGGAUUGCCACCUAGUUGACGGAAGCUGUCUUCACGUUUAUCACUAGGUUUUGGGGUUGAUUCUAGGUAGUUGUUUCUGAAGUCUCAUGGCAGAUCAACAAGCAGUUGAAAGAUCAAGCACAAGUAAUGAUUCUGGUGGAGGUUCUGAAUCAACCGUGGAGCUCAACAUCAAGACCUUAGAUUCCCAGACGUAUACUUGUAACGUGGAUAAGAAUUCCCAAGUUUCAGCCUUGAAGGACAAAUUAGCAAGUCAGAUUGGUGUACCUGUUGAGCAGCAAAGACUAAUUUUUAGGGGCAAGGUCUUGAAGGAUAAUCACCUUCUUUCUGCAUAUCAUGUGGAAAAUGGGGACACGCUGCACUUAGUACUGAGGCAGCCUCAAUCACAACCUCCAUCAGGUAGCAGCACUGGAGAAGCUAGUACUAACAAUAUUAACAGAGUUCAAGAGCCUCAACCCACUGCUGGAGGCUCACGGAAUCGUAUUGGGCAGAUUUCACACAGUGUUGUCCUAGGAACUUUUAAUGUUGGAGGAGAUCAGGGGGAAGGACUUGUUGUGCCUGAUCUUAAUCGGGUUCUUGGGGCAGUUCUAAACACUGUAGGGAUUGGGAACAUGACUGGUGGCCAGCUUCCCGGUGUGCAGGUCAGUGCUCCAGUUCCUCAACCUCAAGCAAAUGAGAGUCUCAGUCAGUCAGGAAGUCAGCAAUCUGGGCAGCCUUUUUCUGGUCAAUCGUUACCGCAAGUAGUGCAAAUUCCACUUGGGGCAGCAAUAGCUGUCCCCUCAAUUAAUUUGCCCCUUCCUGAUUCGUUGCUCACGCUUAAUGAAUUCAUGGAUCGGAUGGAACUCGUAUUCUCACAGAACGGUUACCUGCCAAACCAGUCACCUAAUAAUGGGGCAGAGCCACCUGCAGUACAGUUGCCUACAAAUCUUCGAGGCUCAUCGACUCCAGAGGCAUUGAGCUUUGUGCUGCGUCAAGCAGAACGACUCUUUGGUGGUCAAGUCAUUGCGGUAUUAUCUCACCUUGCAGGACGGUUGGAACGAGAAGGGGAGUCCAGUGAUCCUGCAUUAAGGGGACAAGUGCAGACAGAGUCGGUGCUAAUUGGUCAAGCAAUGCAACAUUUAGGUGCCCUUUUAUUAGAGCUUGGAAGGACGAUAUUGACUUUCAGAAUGGGACAAUCACCUGGUGAAACAUCAGUGAAUGCCGGUCCUCCUGUUUACAUAUCUCCCACAGGGCCGAACCCCAUAAUGGUUCAGCCUUUUCCACUUCAAACCAGCUCACUCUUUGGUGGCUCAGCGGCUGUUCCCCAUAACCCUGGCACCUUGGGCGCUCUUGGGAUUGGGAAUGCCCCAAGGCAUGUCAAUAUUCAUAUACAUGCAGUUGGUUCUAGGGCAACCAAUGGAGAUGGAGCACAGAGUGAACGUGGUAAUGGAACUGACUCUGGCCAAUCAAGGGAUUUGCCUGGUGGAAAUAUAAUGGCUACAGCUGUUCCGCCAAUGCCUGCUGUCAUCUCAGUCUCUAGCAUGCCACAGCCUGGCCAAUCAGAGGGCCCAAGUGCCCAAGAGCGGUCUACUGUUCCUGGUGCUGAGAAUGUCACUGUAAGCACUCAACGAGAUGUCUCAUCUGCAAGUGGGAUGACUGUGCCUGAGCCUCUACUGGCACACAAUGUUCCCGGAAGAGAGGAUAAAAUGUGUCAAGGUCAAUCAAGUGAAAUGUCUCAUAGUAAGCCAGAAGCUUCAGCCAGUGCAGGAGGAGCUCAAAGUCAAAGGUCUGGUCAGGAGUUAGGUAGUCCCGAUGAAUCGUCAUCUGUGCCCCUUGGAUUAGGGCUUGGAGGUUUGCAGCCGAAGAGACGAGCAAAGCAAUCCAUACCUCAUGGAAAUAACGCUGAUGGUUCAACUAGCAACAAUCCAAAUGAACUACCUAAAAGAGAUGGGCAACAAGUGUUGCAGUCUCUUGCAGCGCUUGCAGCCAGGGGAAAUGAGGCUGGUACGCCCUCAGGUACACGCCCAGAUAGGGGAGUUAUGGGAACUAUUGGCAAUGGAAACCGGAAUGUGGAUACCCAAACAGAGAUAUCGGAUGCAAUGUCUAGUGUCCUUCAGAGUCCUGCUUUAAAUAAUUUGUUGAGUGGGGUUUCACAGCAAACUGGGGCUGGUUCUCCAGAUUUCUUGAGGAAUAUGAUGCAGCAACUCACUCAAAGUCCAGCAAUGAUGAACACUGUGAAUCAGAUCGCCCAGCAGAUUGACACCCAGGAUCUUGGAAGCAUGUUUUCCGGGCAAGGUGGUGGUAUGGACUUGUCUAGGAUGUUUCAGCAAAUGAUGCCAAUUGUCUCUCAAGCUCUUGGUGGCAUUUCGGCUGCACCUCAACAAGUUCCUAAUAUUGCACAGAGGCCUGGUGAGAAUCGUGCGGUGAGAGGGGCAACACCAAGCACUGAAAAUGUUCAGGUUGAUCUUCAUGAGGUUGCCCAGGGAAUCCAGAACAAUAGUCCGCCUAUAGAGAUUCUUCGCUCUUUGGUCCAAAGUACAGAAUCUUUGCAUCACGAUGGAAGUACUGAUCAAAGUCUAGCUGAUGAACUGUGCAGUGAAGAGGACCUAGCCAAUGAAUUCAUGCAGAUGCUGCGUAAUGAUGUUUCUCAGCGGUUUCAGGAUAAACAGGGCCAAUAGGGAGCAAUUCUUUUUUCUUCCUCAUUUUCUGAUUUGUUUCCAAAGAAUGUCAAUUUGUCAAUCAUUUCGGGUUCUCAAGUAGACAGGGUGCUGAUUGCGCUCUCCUCUUUUUUGGAUGUCGCGGAGAGGGAAAAACCAUUAUAUUACGUCCCUUUUGUGUAUAUGGGAUAGUUCAUCCAGCGGAUUGGAACUGUAUUUUCUCUGUUUAAACAUUGGUAUUUCUUUCCAUGAACUGUAGUUUCUCAUUUUAACAUUGGUAUUUCAUUCCAUGAACUGUUGUUA